CCCCCAAGCGCACGCCCUUUUCUUUUCUCUCACGGGCUGUGGCUAAUUGUAAAGCAUUGUCGCCCCCCCCCCCCCCCUUUCCUCCCUCUAUCCCACCACCAACAACAAUAACAAGAUGGCUUCCAAGUCGGAGCCCGCUUCCAUGUUCCUGCAUCCGCUGCUCUUCCUGUAUCAGCUCAUCCAGACCGUCAUCGCCUACACGCUCUCCCCGAGCCCUCCCAAGUCCGACAAUGCGCUGGGUCGCCCCAAGAUCGCCAUCAUCGGCGCCGGAAUCACCGGCGUCACCGCCGCCGCGCACUGCGUCGGGCAUGGCUUCGAUGUGACCAUCUUCGAGGCGGGCGCCGACGAGAAUGCCGUCGGCGGCAUCUGGAGCAGAGUCAACGAAACCUCGGGCCUCCAGAUUCACAGCAUCAUGUACCGCUUCCACCCGUCGGUCAAGUGGGAGCGCGGCUACCCGGACCGCCAGCAAAUCAUCACCCAGGUCAAGCAGCUGUGGAAGCGCUACCGGCUCGACUCCAAGACCAAGUUCAACUUCCACGUCGACAAGGUGUACCAGGACGAGCAGGCGCGCUGGAUCGUCAACGACACCUCCAACGGCCGCUUCGAGGGGCUCAUCGCCGCCGUCGGCACGUGCGGCGCCCCCAAGAUGCCUCACAUCCCCGGCAUGGACAGGUUCAAGGGCGAAAUCUACCACUCCAGCGAGCUCACCGGCAAGGACGCCAAGAACAAAAAGGUGGCCAUCAUCGGCGGCGGCGCCUCCGCCGUCGAGGCCCUCGAGUUUGCCGACGCGGCAAAGGCCGCCAAGGUGUCCAUCCUCUCCAGAAGCGAAAAAUGGAUCAUUCCGCGUAACAUCAUCGCCGACACCCUUCUGAGCCUCAACAUCUUUGGCCAAGAGACCAGGCUGUCCUUUAUCCCCGAGUUUCUGCUCCGCAAGCUGUUCUACAGGGACCUCGAGGACCUCUCGCCCUCGAGCGGGCUCUUCCAGGACACCCCCAUGGUGAACUCGGACGUCAUGGACAAGCUGCGUCGUGGCCAGGCCGAAUGGGUGCGCGGAGACAUUGAGGAGUUCGUAGAGGGCGGCGUCAAGGUCAACCGACGGGCAAGGGGCGUGCCCAAGGGCGGCCCCGGCCACGAGGAAGUCAUCGACGCCGACAUUGUCGUCAUGGCCACUGGCUUCAAGCGACCGCCUCUCUCCUUCCUCCCCGAAGAUUGUUUCAAGCCCCCCUAUGAGCCGCCAAACUGGUACCUGCAGACAUUCCCGACCGUCCACCCGAGCGUAUCGGCCAUCAACUGCACGUACGUGUCCGCCAUCGGAUCCGUCGGGAACUGGCACAUUGGCAUCUACACGAGGAUCUUGUUGAUGUUCCUGACCGACCCCCUCACCCGCCCGAGCCCGUUCUGGAUGGAGCGUUGGAUCGACAUGACCAAGUUCCUCAAGAGGAGCAGCCCGACCGGCGCCUUUGACUUCUUCACGUACCUGGAACUCGUGUGGUGGUUCGUCUUCUGCGUCGCCAUCAACCCGUUCCGCUGGAAGUGGGCCGUCUUCGUCUUUUUCGGCAUCGGCAUCGGCCUCCCCAGGGCUAUCGUGCAGCGCGAGCAGAAGCUCAUCAACGGCCAGGGAUACAAAGUCAAGGACGCAGGUGUGAGUCUGUAGAAGCCCAGGGACGAGAGACGGGUGGAUGGCGGAGCCUGGGUCCCAAGAACUAAGAUUGUUGUUUGUCAGAGCGCGGGCCACAUAGCGAAUGAAGCAAACAGGCGUCCAAAAAGUCAUACACCAACAAACAUUCCAAGAUUGUUCCCCUCGAUGAAUGAGUCUCUCGCGAGCACAUACAUUGUCAUCGACUCCCGAGCCCGACGCACGCUCAAAUUUGAUCUGAGCUUGUCAUAACCUACAUUUGCACUGGAGCCGGGAUAGUAAUAAAUUGCUCGUUGCCUCAAGAGGAGUGCCGGGCCACUGGUUGCAAACCGGGACCAUCGACCAUGCCCACCCGUCUUGACGACUAGCGAUUCGCGUGCUCGCAACACCGCCCUCGUAUUACAUGUACUCGCCAAGACCUCCUCGUAGUAGAGCCUCCAUGCAUGCAUGUACCUAUAUGGAUAGCACUGUGCCCUACACGAACGCGCAAGCCGUGUAUCCAUGUCUACGGUCCUGCAUGAACGCGCAUGAGAGCUGGAGGUGGAGGCUGUGCGCUUGGAGGAUAGUCAAUGCGUUACCCAGCUAUUGACCUCAGGU